AUAUCGGGGCGGACCCGGAGGACAUGGAGGGCGAGGGGGGCCCGGGCCGGGCCGGGGCCGUGCGGGAGCUCUGCCGCUCCUUCGGACACUACAACCGGCACCUGGCGCGGCUGCAGCACAACCUGCGCGAGACCAGGAGGUUCUUCCGCGACGUCAAGUUCUCCCAGGGACACCCCUUCGCCCCGAAGGCCGCCGGAGACGCUCCCCACGGAGGGGAUGGGGAUGAGGAGCCCGGGGACGGCCCCGCGCCCGGCGGGCAGAACUUCAUCUCCUUCCCCCGGCACGAGGAGGAGCAUCUCCAGCGCUCCGUGAGCUGGCACCCCUGCCUGCUCAUCCUGGGCCAGAACUGCAGUGCCAAGUGCCAGCUGCUCAACAUCCUGCUGGGGGAGAAGCUGCUGCCCACCACCAAGAUCAGCAACGAGGAGAACUGCAAGAGGCGGCGGAUCCGCUUCACGCACGGCAGCCAGACCCGGGUGAGCCUGGCCCUGCCCCAGCAGUACGAGCUGGUGCACGUGCUGGCAGCACACAGGGGGCACUGGGACACCAUCCCUGAGGAGGACCUGGAGAUCCAGGGGGACCCCGAGGACCCUGCCCACCGCAUCGCCGAGCUGGAGGUCAUGCUGCCCUACUCGCUGCUCAAGGAGGUGGACGUGGUGGUGGCUCCGUGCCGGGGCUUCCAGCCGGCCGAGGACACCCUGGGCGAGUUGGUGAACCAGGUGCUGCCCGUGGUGACCUUCGCCAUCAGCGAGGCCCAGCUGUCCCCCUCGGACCAGAGCGAGCUGAGAACCAUCAAGGAGAAAUUCUCCCUGCCCAUUUUCUUCUUCCGCGUGCCCGAGGCCGGCGGGGAGCUGAUCUCCCCCAGAAAACCAGACAGCGACAAGUCCCCCCUGCACUGCCAGCUGCUGGACCUGCAGUACCUGAGCUCCAACCACUGCAGCUGCGGGGCCAGCGGGGCCCAGAGCAUGUUGGUGGAGCAGCUGGAGAAGCUGAGGCUGCUGAGCACCUUCUCCAGGCAGGUGCUGCAGAAGCACUUGGUGGAGGCGGCCACGAGCCUCAACGAGCUGCACUGUCGCUGCCUCAACAUCUUCAUCAACCAGGCCUUCGACAUGCAGAGGGACCUGCAGAUCACCCCAAAGAGGCUGGAGUACACCAGGAGGAAGGAGAACGAGCUCUACGAGUCCCUCAUGGGCAUCGCCAACCGCAAGCAGGAGGAGAUGAAGGACAUGAUCGUGGAGACUCUGGGCAACAUGAAGGAGGAGCUGCUGGAGGACGCGGCCAGCAUGGAGUUCAGAGAUAUCAUCAUUCCUGAGAACGGGGAGCCCGUCAGCUCCAAGGACAUCAAGUGUUGCAUCAAACAGAUCCAGGAACUGAUUAUUUCUCGGUUAAACCAAGCAGUUGCCAACAAGUUAAUCAGCUCAGUGGACUAUCUGAGGGAGAGCUUCGUGGGGACUCUGGAGAGGUGCCUCAAGAGCCUGGAGGAGUCCUGGGAGGUGUCAGUACAUCCUGCAAGGAGCUUGGAGAAGCCCAAGGAUGGUUCUGUGCACAUCACGAGCAAUUAUCUCAAACAGAUCCUAAAUGCAGCUUAUCACGUCGAAGUCACUUUUCACUCUGGCUCAACAGUGACCAGGAUGCUGUGGGAACAGAUCAAACAGAUAAUCCAGCGGAUCACAUGGGUCAGCCCCCCUGCCAUCACCAGUGACUGGAAGAGGAAGGUGGCCCAGGAUGCCAUCGAGAGCCUCAGCGCUUCCAAGCUGGCCAAGAGCAUCUGCAGCCAGUUCAGGACCAGGCUCAACAGCUCCCACGAGGCUUUUGCAGCUUCCCUGCGGCAGCUGGAGGAUGGCCACUCUGGCAGGCUGGAGAGGACGGAGGACCUGUGGCUGAAGGUGCGGAAGGAUCACGCUCCCCGCCUCGCCCGGCUCUCCCUGGAGAGCAGAUCCCUGCAGGAUGUGCUGCUGCACGGCAAACCCAAGCUGGGCCGGGAGCUGGGCCGGGGGCAGUACGGAGUGGUGUACCUGUGUGACAGCUGGGGGGGGCACUUCCCCUGCGCCCUCAAAUCCGUUGUUCCUCCAGAUGAGAAGCACUGGAAUGACCUUGCACUCGAGUUUCACUAUAUGAGGUCCCUGCAGACACAUGAGAGGCUCGUGCACCUCCAUGGAUCUGUGAUAGAUUAUGGCUAUGGAGGAGGCUCCAGCAUUGCUGUGCUGCUGAUCAUGGAGAGGCUGCACAGGGACCUCUACACGGGGCUAAAGGCUGGGCUGGAGCUGGAGACACGGCUGCAGAUUGCCCUGGAUGUGGUGGAGGGGAUCAGGUACCUGCACAGCCAGGGGCUGGUGCACAGGGACAUCAAACUCAAAAAUGUCUUGCUUGACAAGAAGAAUCGAGCCAAAAUCACUGACCUGGGGUUCUGCAAACCAGAGGCCAUGAUGUCUGGCAGCAUUGUGGGCACACCCAUCCACAUGGCUCCUGAGCUCUUCACAGGGAAGUACGAUAACUCCGUGGAUGUUUAUGCCUUUGGAAUUCUCUUCUGGUACAUCUGCUCGGGCCAUGUGAAGUUACCAGAGGCUUUUGAGAGGUGUGCAAGCAAAGAUCACCUGUGGAACAACGUUAGGAGAGGAGUGCGCCCGGAGCGUCUCCCGGUGUUCGAUGAGGAAUGCUGGCAGCUGAUGGAAGCCUGCUGGGAUGGGGACUCCUCCCAGCGCCCUCUCCUGGGGAUUGUCCAGCCCAUGCUGCAGGGGAUCAUGGACAGGCUCUGCAAGUCCAGCUCUGAGCACCCAAAUAAAGGCUUGGAUGACUCGACUUGAGGAGGAGGCGCAGCAGGAUUUUGGAAUUGGGGGGGAAUUCCCCCCUCCCCAAACUCUGCAGGAGGCUUCUCCAGGUGGAGCUCCGUGCCCAGCCUGGCUGGGACAGGGACCAGCAGCCAGGAGAUUGCUCAGAGAGGUGAGACCUCGGGGCUGUUCCCCGCUGAGGAGCAGCCAGAGCAAUCCCAGCCCACCCCAGCGGUGCCAGUUAUCCCACUGCAGCUUUUCCCGUGGAAUCGUGCGAACAAGGCAGAGAAAAAACCCUUGAACUAAAAGGGAUUUAUUUUUUUCCUUUUUUUUUUUUUCUUUGCCAAUCCCACACCACCAACCCAGCCAAGCAAAGCAUUGUGUGUGUGUGUGUUUGUCUGUGUGCCCACGCCAGGCUUUACUCCGUGAAGGAAAAGCUCUUCCCAGGAUCUGCGGGGGCCACACGGAUCCAUCCCGGUCUCUCCUCGAUGGCACUAAUUCCAGAGCGGUUGGAGAGGAAGGAGAAAGCAAAAAAAAACAAAAAAACUCUAGGCUAGAAGUGUUUAGAAGCAUCUGUAGGAGUUUCUGCAACACUUGAGAUGUUUACAUUGACAGGAGCAAAGCUUCCAUGUUUUACUGGGGGGGAUUUGCAACCCUCCCCUACACCUUAUAAGCUAUUUAUCCUUUAUGUGCCCUUCACCUCUUACUCCUGUUAAAAGACAAACAAACAAAAAAAAAAAGCUCUUUUUUUUUCUGGUUAUUUUGCUUCCUAAUAGUUCUUUGAAUGCCUGAAGGAACCUGCCCUUUCCUUCCCAGUCUUGUGGUAAAAUGUUGAGACUGCUCAGAGGUUCCCCCUGGUUGUGCUGCACCAAAGUCAUUCCAUGCCCAUGGGGAAAGUGCCAAGUCAUUUUAAUUAAAAACUUGGGGGGGGCGGAGAGGGUGUUCAAUUAGCAGUAAAAGUAAUGACAGUUUUAAACUGUGCCAACUCUGCCAGGCAGCUUUUUAAAAACUGAGGUUUCUUCAGCUUUUUUUUUUUAAACCCUGGGUGUGGUUGGAGCAAAAAAACCACAAAAACCAAACAGGUCCUUCCUUCUCCAGGAGCUGGGCUUUCCCUCUGGGGCUCCACUUUGGCUGGGAAGACUAAAAAAACCGAGGGAUGGGGGGCCCUGUGCCUUUCCCAAGAGGCUGCUCCCAAAAAAACCCCCCAUUCCUUGGGUGUUUCUGGGGCAGAGUGGGAGCUGGAGCAGAGGAUGCACCUCGGCCACUACGGGAGCUUCUCCCUGGGGCUGCUGGUCCUGCAGUGCCUCCCUUUCCCAGGAGAGCCUGGGAAUGUGGAACUGCUGCACCUUCCUGCUGGAAUUUCUUGGCUCAAACACAGCGAAAUUCCAGCUUCUGCCCUGCCUGUGGGACAGCCUGGAAAAAGGGAAGGGAUCCGGAGCCUGCAGCGCUGCUUUAGGUCAACCCUUCCUUUCUCUGUGCAAUAAAUGGAUUCAUUUGCUUUUUAGAGAGAAAAAAAAGACUUUUUUUCCCCUUUUUUUCUUUUUUCUCUUUUUUUUUUUUUUUACUUAUCUGCACCUUGUGGGCAUUUUGUGGGCCGUGCUGGCAUUCCCAGGUUGGUUUGUGUGGAGACAAGCUGGGUGCUGGAAUUCCAGGGAGGUUCUGUGCCAGAUCCAUGGUCUGUGCUCCAUUCCCAGAGUGGUUUUGUAUGGAUCCAGCCUCUGCUGGCAUUCCCAAGGUGGUUCUGUGCCAGAUCCAUGGUCUGUGCUGGAAUUCCAGGAUGGUUCUGUGCCAGAUCCAUGGUUUGUGCUCCAUUCCCAGAGUGGUUUUGUGUGGAUCCAACCUCUGCUGGUGUUCCCAGGGUGGUUCUGUGCAGAUCCAGCCUCUGUUGGAAUUCCAGGGUGGUUUUGUGUGGAUCCAGCCUCUCUGCUGGAAUUCCAGGGUGGUUCUGUGCAGCUCCAUGGUCUGUGCUGGAAUUCCAGAGUGGUUUUGUGUGGAUCCAACCUCUGUGCUGGAAUUCCAGGAUGGUUCCGUGCAGCUCCAUGGUCUGUGCUCCAUUCCCAGAGUGGAUUUCUAUGGAUCCAGCCUCUGUGAUGGAAUUCCAGGCUGGUUCUGUGCAGCUCCAUGGUCUGUGCUCCAUUCCAGGGUGGUUUUGUGUGGAUCCCACCUCUGUGCUGGAAUUCCAGGGUGGUUUUGUGUGGAUCCAUGGUCUGUGCUGGAAUUCCAGGCUGGUUUUGUGUGGAUCCCACCUCUGUGCUGGAAUUCCAGGCUGGUUCUGUGCAGCUCCAGCUGCCCCAGCUGGCAGUGCCAAGCACUACACUCCUUUUCCAGAGGAGAAUCCCUGUUUGCCAGGGCACUCCAGGCCCCCACUAACAGUAUUAACCCCGGGCCUGGGGCUCUCAAACCUGAUGGAAACCCGGGAGGGUCGAGCUCAGUCCUUGCAAGGGCUGGGGGCGUUUGUGUAAAUAAUAAAAGUAUGAAUAAAACUGAAACCUCUGUAUCUGCAAUUCCA